ACAGAGGGAGUACAAGGUUUCAGACUUCUGCAGACAGGGAACAUUGCCUGAAUGCAAAUGCAGCUUGUCUGUUCAGGUAGGAUUGCACACAGCCAGAAUUUGUUCUGACGAUUUUAUUCUGAACCCUGAUAUUACAGGGUGCCGAACACAAGUAAUAUUACACGAUAGGAUUUUAUUCUGAACCCUGAUUUCUACACACAGUCCAGAUGACUGACAGGGUUCAAACUUUCCUUUCAGUUUUCGCACAGGCGGAAUACCGCUUUUGUUUCAGAGGAGACGGCCAUGACACUGGACUUGUAGAUCCAUCACAGGCAGAAGAAUUGGUCUGCAUCACUCAACUUGAUGCUUUCACUUGCUGCGUUCAGACAUAAUUUAUAUUCACAAGAGGAACAAACAAUGCUCGGGGUUCACAAGUUUUCACACAAACCAAUUUUGCCUUGUCGCAUACGGUGCCGUGCGCGGGCCGGGGCGAAAACGACGCAUCUGGAAGGCGCUUUCCGUGACACCUUACCAUCCAUUUGAGUCAAUUGAUGCCUCAAUCGCCUGGAAUUCCAAGUCAUCUGACCAAAGUCGUCGUCCCGGGUUCAGACGUUUUCAGACAAACCAAUUUCACCUCAUCGGGUACUGUGCGGUGCACGGGAAGAACCGACGAAGGUGAGAAUGACGCAGUUGGCAACGCGCUUACGGUGUCACCUUUCCAUCCAUUUGAGUCAAUUCAUGCCUCAAUCGUUUGGAAGUCAAGUCAUCGUUCCCCUGUACUCGUUAGUCCUUCUAUCAGUAUGCUUGGAUAUUCUGAAAAAUUAGAAGACACCAACUAUGUCAGUAUGCGGUCAAGCUUUUCUAACUUGACUAUACUAAUAGAUAGGAAUUACCCCCAACCAACAAGCCACAAUGGCCGAACUUACAGGCGUACAAUGCAAGAAUUGAUCUGAAUCACUCAAUUUGAUGCUUUCACUUUCUGCGUCCAGACACAAUUCGCUCAGCGGAGAAACAAAUAAUGCUCAGGGUUCAGACAUGCUGCGUUCAGACACAAUUUAUUUACCAGAGAAACAAAUAAUACCAAGGGUUCAGACGCUUUCAAACAAACAAAUUCUGCCUUUGUUGGUAUGGUGCGGUGCAUGGGAAGAAUAGAAGGGGACGAAAGCGACGCAUCUGGCAAGGCACUUUUGGUGACACCUUACCAUCAUUUUGAGUCAAUUAAUUGAUGUCUCGGUCGUUUGGAAUUCCAAGUCAUCAGAUCCAUGUCGUCAUUCCUGUGCUCGCUAGUCGGUACUAAUAUGCAGACCUACUUGCAUAAUAUGAAAAACUAAAAGAUACAAACUACUCCUAUGUUACUAUGCAGUUGAGCUUUUCUAAAUGUGACUAUAUACUAAUAUGCACAGACAAAUUAGAUUGACAAGAUGAAACAUAUAUUAGCAAGUUUGUCAUGAAUAUAGAAUAUAAAAACUUCUACUUAAAUAUCUAAAAAAAUAGUGAUCUAAUAUGCAUAUUGGAACCAUAUCAACGGUACUCUCCGAACAGAAGAAGCAUGCUGUUGCGCUCAUUACUUCCAUCAAUCAGUACUCCAAGAAAAAGAAAGGCAACUUCGUGACCAUGUGAACAGAAUACAAUCUAGAACGGCCACCAGUGUCCUUUUCACCGGUUCAAAUUUCUUCUCCAGGGGUAGUCACAUUUCUGUCAGGUCAGUGUCGCAGGAAUCUCAGUUACACUAUACUUAAAGAAACGGAGUUUGCAUCGUAUAGCAGGAAGAACAUAGAUCCAUUGCAAAAGCACCAAUGGACAAGGUUCUACUCUCCAUCCACAUAGUGAUAUUUGGUGCACUUCUCUUGUUCACCAUAGGCAAGAGAUUUGUACAGCCAUCUUCUCACAUACAUCCAAACCAUACGGUCACAAGCUGUAUCGCUAGUGAGAGGUCCGCGCUUCUCGGCUUCAAAGCAGGCCUCUCCGACCCUGCAUACCUCCUUUCAUCAUGGAAGGGUGAUGAGUGUUGCAAAUGGAAGGGCGUCCACUGCAGCACCAGAAACAGCCAUGUCGUCAAGCUCGAUCUCCAGGGCCAUGGUUGUGACCCCAACAGCGAUGCGUGGACGCAAGUGCUAGGAGGCAACAUCAGCUCCUCUUUGCUUGGUCUACGACAUCUACAGUAUCUUGAUCUUAGCUGCAAUGGGUUCUAUGGGGUGCAAGUGCCGGAGUUCUUGGGCUCUCUCCACAAGUUGAGAUACAUCGACCUAUCGAGUUUAAGCUUCAUAGGAAGGAUACCACCACAGCUGGGUAACCUCUCCAACUUACAAUACUUAAAUCUCAACUCGGAAUAUUUCAAUGGCACAUACUCUAUGGAUAUCACCUGGUUGUCACAGUUAACUUCCCUUGUGCACCUGGACCUGAGCGGCACGAACCUCAGUGCAAUUGUUCACUGGCUUCCGGUGGUGAACAUGCUUCCAUCUCUAAAGGUUCUUCAUCUUAUCAAUUGCAAUCUUAGAACUAGCUCUGCUUCACUUCAGCUUUCAAAUCUGACUUUUCUCGAAACCCUUGACCUUUCCGCCAAUGGCUUCCAUACACAUAUCGCACGCAACUGGUUUUGGGAUUUGACUAGCCUCAAGUAUCUAUAUAUCUCAUCGAAUGGUUUCUAUGGCCAAUUUCCGGACGAGAUUGGUAAUAUGACUUCCAUAGUAAAGCUUGAUUUAUCAUCGAAUAACCUAGUUGGCAUGAUACCAUCAAACCUGAAGAACAUAUGUAGCUUGGAAGAGUUCUUUGUACAUGAAACCAACAUCAAUGGAAGUAUAACAAAAUUCUUCCAGCGUUUGCCUAGUUGUUCAUGGAAUAAGUUGACAUACUUGUCUCUAGCUUCCAGCAACUUGACAGGGAGACUACCAACCAAACUAGAACCGUUAAACAAUUUGAUCUACCUUGAUAUCAGUCGUAACAAGCUCAUUGGUCCUAUGCCACUCUGGAUAGGAGAGCUCACAAAGAUAACUUACCUAGACCUGGGCUACAACAACUUGGAUGGUUUCAUACAUGAAGGUCAUUUAUCAGGACUAGAAAGCUUGGAGUGGUUGUGGCUCUCUGAUAAUUCCUUAACCCUGACAGUGAAUUCGACAUGGGUUCCUCCUUCAAGUCUAACAAAUAUUGAACUUCGGUCAUGCCUUCUCGGGCCUAAAUUUCCACCGUGGCUUCGAUGGCUAACUAGUCUAGACAAUCUUGAUAUCUCAAACAUAAGCAUAUCUGACACGGUUCCAGAUUGGUUUUGGAUAACAGCUUCUACAUUGUACACUCUAAAAAUGGGACAUAACAAAAUUAGUGGUUCUCUUCCAUCUACAAUAGAAUUUAUGGGAGCAACCGCAAUUGAUCUUGGUUCUAACCAGUUCAAUGGCACAAUACCUAAGCUUCCCAUUAGUCUAAGUGACUUGGAUCUUAGUAGAAAUAAAUUAGAUGGACCACUACCAUUAGAUUUUGGAACGCCGAAUCUAAUGAAACUAGUUUUAUUUGAUAACUCCAUAUCUGGCACCAUUCCCUCUUCAUUUUGCAAAAUGAGAUCACUAAUACUAUUGGAUAUCUCCGGGAAUAAGCUAAAUGGACCAAUUCCUGAUUGCUCUACUAAUACAUCCACAACAAACAUGACCAGUAUGAGUAUUCUUAAUCUAAGCUUAAGAAACAACAAUCUCUCCGGUGAAUUUCCUUCAUUUCUCCAACACUGCCAAGAACUCGUCUUUCUUGAUCUUGCACACAACCAUUUCGUUGGAACUUUGCCAACAUGGAUUCAGGAGAAAUUGCCACAGUUGGCUUUCUUACGACUACGAUCAAACAUGUUCUGUGGUCACAUUCCAGAGGAGCUGACGAAGCUAGUCAAGCUUCAGUAUUUGGACCUUGCCUACAAUAAUAUAACUGGUAACAUACCAAAAUCUAUUGUUAACUGCAAAGGGAUGAUAGCAACAAGAGAUAAUUAUGAUGAUGGUGGUGAUGCAUUACAUCGUGCUUUUGGCUUCAAUGAUGAAUGGGAGCAUGGCCCUAAUGAAUUGGUCACCUAUACCGAGAAUUUCACGGUUGUCACAAAGGGUCAAGAGAGAUUAUAUACAGGAGAGGUCAUAUACAUGGUGAACCUUGAUUUAUCAUGUAAUAAUCUUAUUGGUGAUAUUCCCAAAGAUAUCAGCGCGCUUGUUGAAUUGAAGAGCCUGAACCUAUCAUGGAACAUCUUCAGUGGAAAAAUUCCGGAAAAUAUUGGCGCCUUGGCGCAAGUGGAGUCGCUGGACCUAUCGCACAAUAGGCUGUCUGGUGAAAUCCCUGCAAGCUUGUCGGCUCUUACAUCAUUAAGCCGCUUGAACCUGUCAUAUAACAACCUGACAGGAGAGGUGCCAUCAGGAGAUCAACUGCGGACACUUGAGGACCCAGAAUAUAUUUAUGUUGGCAACCCAGGCCUCCGCGGUCCACCUAUCUCGCGUAAAUGUCCGCAACCAGAGCCAAUUCCAUCUACUCCAGAACACCAUGGUGAUUUAAAUGACCUGGCAUCGUUUUUCAUCGCUAUGGGUUCUGGAUAUGUAAUGGGUAUCUGGGUGGUCUUCUGCACCUUCCUGUUCAAGAGAAAAUGGACAGUUUAUUGGUACUCGGUUUGCGACAGCUUGUAUGACCGGGUAUAUGUGCAAGUGGUUCUAACCUGGGCUUCCUGGACAAGAGAAAAAGGCGCAGAAGCUGAGACCACUCACUAGCUUGCUUUGGUUCUCCAUUUGCUAUCAUUUGAGUGUGCAGAUUUUACCAUGUAUCAAUGUUGUUACAGUAUUGUACUCAUAUAGUUCACAUAUACAGUACAUAUUUGUGGAUUGUGUUGUAGACUAGGGUUUGGAUAUAUGUAAAGUUGAUUUGUUAUUAAUAAUUAAUGCCAGGGGCCACACCAAGGCCCCUGUUGCAGGAGUGUGUUUGUCAAUGACUGAAUUAACUAGUGCACACACAAAGCAAGGCUCGAUUCUUUCAUUCGAUAGACUACACUGGGCGCAAAUGCAGUUUCUUCACUAGAGAAACAAUGUAUAGGGUUCAGACUUUUCACUGCAAA